CUUUCGUAUUUAGAUUGACUCGAUACACCACUUGUCAUAUAAUUAUCAUCUUGACUCAAUUUUCUCCAUUUUCGAGAGACCGACGCGCAAUGUUGUAAAGGAAGUGGAGGGACUCCGCACAACCUUAUCGCGCUAAGCUGUUUUCGGCAAAAAUGAACAUAGGACCGCAAUCGGUGUUCGUCAACACUCCCGCUUUGCUACGGCAUCGCGAUUCCAAACUGUCGAGGGUAAAGAAAAAGCAUGUUGUCUUCUAGCAGGACCACACAUAGACAGCGCUGUACCCGCAGUGCGUUGAUAGCCGAUAGCUCUUCAAAAAGGGGCUGGAUCCAGUGCUGUGUCUAGAUACUCAUACCCUAUUCAACAUGUCGUCCUAUUCACAGCGAGUUGUUAUUAUCGGAGCUGGGAUUGUGGGGGCCAACGUCGCGGAUGAAUUGGCACAGCGAGGAUGGAAAGACAUCACAGUGGUGGAACAAGGGCCACUGCAUAUGCCUGGUGGCUCGACCUCGCAUGCACCCGGUCUCGUAUUCCAAACUAACCCUUCGAAGACGAUGACCAGCUUUGCAAAAUACACUGUAGAGAAAUUUUUGUCGCUCAAGAAGGAUGGUCAGAGCUGCUUCAAUCAGGUUGGGGGUCUCGAAGUAGCAACAAUUCCAGAACGCAUGGAGGAACUCAAAAGAAAACAUGGAUAUGCUUCAUCGUGGGGGGUCGACGCGAGGCUCAUCUCUGCGGAGGAGUGUCUGCAAAGAUACCCACUACUCAAUCCUGAAUCAGUAAUAGGAGGAUUGUACAUCCCCAGCGACGGCCUUGCACUCGCAGCACGCGCAACACAACUACUCAUCGAACGCACCUCCGCCGCUGGAGCCAAAUACAUUCCGUCUACACCCGUCACUGGAAUAGAAAGAUCCGGAGGCCGGGUUACUGGCGUUACAACGCCCAGUGGCAGCAUUCCUGCAGACAUCAUUGUCUCUUGCGCUGGCUUCUGGGGGGUGGAGAUUGGAGCUAUGGUGGGAUUGGAAGUUCCUUUGCUCCCACUUGCACACCAGUAUGCAAAGACCACUGCUGUCCCUAGCCUCAAAGGUCGCGAGAUCAACAACAACAUCAACGGAAUGAAUGCGACACUACCUAUAUUACGCCAUCAGGAUCAGGAUUUAUACUACCGUGAACACGGUGACCAAUAUGGUAUCGGAUAUUACGGCCAUCGACCGAUGCCCGUCAGAGCUGCUGACCUCGGGGUAACUGGCAAGCACGUCGACGAGAAGAACAUGCCAUCACGACUAAACUUCACGCCGAAAGAUUUCGAAACAGCUUGGAACGAAUCGCAAAAGCUACUACCGAUUCUGAAAGAGACUCACAUAGCCGAUGGCUUCAACGGAGUUUUCUCUUUUACCCCUGAUGGCGGCCCUCUGGUCGGUCGAGCACCCAAUCUGGAAGGAUUCUAUGUCGCCGAAGCAGUCUGGGUAACGCACUCGGCAGGAGUUGCGCGAGCAGUUGCUGAACUUCUCACAACAGGCAGAUCAGAGACUGAUUUGGCAGAUUGCGAGCUCUCACGCUUCGAAGAGAUCCAGCUGAGUAAGGAGUACGUUAGCGAGACGUCACAGCAAAAUUUUGUGGAAAUUUACGACAUCAUCCAUCCUCUCGCGCCCAAAAUAUCGCCACGAAAUCUCCGCAUAAGUCCUUUCAAUACGCGGCAACGGGAACUGGGUGCAUAUUUCCUGGAAGUAGGAGGCUGGGAGCGACCAUUCUGGUAUGAGGCGAACAAAGAUCUGCUACAAUAUCUGCCUUCGAGCUGGCAACCGGUGGAGCGCGAUGCAUGGACUUCACAACAUUACUCUCCCAUUUCUGCAGUGGAGGCAUGGAAGACGCGGAAAGCUGUGGCUGCCUACGAUAUGACUGCCUUCCAUCGUUUCGAAGUAUCAGGACCUGGCGCUCAAGAUCUUCUUCAACGGUUAACGACCAGCGAUGUGGCCAAAGAUUCCGGAAAUAUCAUGUAUAGUCUGCUCUUGGAUGAACAGGGAGGUAUCAAGAGUGAUGUUUUCGUUUCUCGAAUCGCAAGCGACUUAUACCAAAUCGGUGCAAACACGGCUGUCGAUUUCCAUUACCUGAGCCGAGAGGCUUUGCUGCAGCGCACACAGUCCCCCAGCCAAUACGUUCAAGUCCGCGAUAUAACAGGAGGCACUUGCUGCUUGGGUCUUUGGGGUCCACGCGCUCGAGAUGUUAUGGACAGCCUCAGCACAGAUGAUUUCUCUAAUAAAGGUCUUCCCUAUUUUCAUGUGAAGAGAGUAACAGUCGCUGGAAUCCCAGCUCUCGCCUUCCGCAAAUCAUAUGUUGGAGAGCUUGGCUGGGAAAUCCAAAUCAGUGCCGAAUACGGACAGCGUUUAUGGGAUGCUGUAAUGCAGGCUGGUAAACUGCAUGGGAUCGUAGCCGCCGGCCGAGCUGCUCUGAACUCGCUGAGGAUCGAAAAGGGCUACCGGACAUACGGAUCCGACAUGACUACCGAACAUAAUCCAUUCGAAGCUGGUGUUGUAUCUGCUGUUGAUAUGACCAAGAAGGAUUUUGUCGGCAAAGCUGCACUCCAACGUCUUUCUCAACAAGGGCCCACCAAGCGUCUUCGCUGCUUGACAAUAGAUGACGGCCGGUCUGUCGUUCUCGGAAAAGAGCCUAUAUUCUUUGAAGAUCAAGCUGUUGGAUAUGUGACCACUGCAGCGUUUGGGUUUACCGUCAGCAAACCAGUUGCGUUUGCCUGGUUACCCAGCAGAGUAACAGAAGGGCAAAGCGUGGAGGUCGAAUAUUUUGGUCGACGAAUUCGGGCCACCGUCAGCUCUGAUCCUCUCUUUGAUGCUUCCAAUUCUCAAUUGCUUGCCGAGAACUUUUCGGCAGAGCUCCAGGCUUUUAUCAAAUCUCGGCUCUAAUUCUGUAUAUCUAACGAUUUUAUGAACUGGAGGGGAUGAGCUGCAUUGCACCUUAUGUGUAUGUUUUUAUUGAUUUGUUAGCGGCGAGCGAAAGGAGCAUUUUGAUGAUCGAUAUUGAAUUCAUGACUUGAUAAUAAAAUUCUAUGUCUAUACACCUGCGGACACAACAAAUGAAAAUAUGCUCUUGCUGGUACUAACCGACGGGUAAACCUGCAGAACUACCAGAAAAAUGCAUAGACAACACGUUGCUGUAGCCUAAUGAGAAACAAUUGGUGUACAGGCCGGCUGCCCACAUAAAUUAUGGAAAAGCACGACAAGGACUGCGCAAGCCGAGAGUUCAGCGGCUAAGAAAGCUCAUCAAUAUUGCUACGCGAAUUUUUAUCAGCUUCUGAAAGACGAUAAGAGUAUAGUGGAGGAAAAUAGCAAGCUUCACAUUGAGAACGAGAAGCUGUUGAGAACUGAGGAUAGACUUCUCAAGGAGAGGGAUGAGUAGAGAGGCUUGCCUUAGUAUCUCCGGAAUUGCCGAUCUUUCCGAUGUAAUGUUAUGUAUAGCUUUCUUCAAUGGCACCAGACGUUCCUAUCUGCUGUGAGAGUUGAAUGUGCAGUCGAUGGUGUACAUGCAUGCUGUGAUACUGAUUAGAAUGAAUCUCCACAGCCACCCACUUGACCUUUAGCUCU